CAAUUGAUCGUUGAUUCUCGGCACUAUGAAGUUUGCUCCGUCGCUGGUUCUAUUUUCGGUCGUCGCCUUGUUCUGCAUCAGCCAGCGAGUACAGGCCGCCAGGAUUUUAGCCAUUGUCCCGACGCCAUCUUACAGCCAUCAGAUUCCAUAUCGAAGACUAUGGCUCGAGUUGCACAAACGCGGCCACGAAAUAGUGCUCGUGACAUCGAAUCCGAUCCCAAACAUGAACUCGAAGACGUUCCAGCAGAUCGACAUCAGCGAAGGGUACAACCUCGUCAAUGACAUCAAUUUUAUACAGCUUCGAUUCGACAAUGUCGAUUGGAUUGAGUUUCUCGACGAGAAUAUGUUUUACUUAUCUGAUUAUAUGACGACAACCGUGCUGAAUCACACGGAUAUGAAACCGAUCUACGCACCCAACAGCGACCGGAAGUUCGACGUUGUGAUGGUCGAAAUGCAAAUAUCUCCAACCUUCUACGCCUUUGCUCAUAAGUUCGACGCACCCUUGAUAGGUAGGCUGGUAUCGACGACAAUAACAUGCCUGAGUGAACAUGCUCUCGGUGGUCUGAUAUUGUCAUCGCACGAGAGCACCUGGGAAAUUGCGAAGAAUGUGGGACUGAAUCAACCAUUUUGGAGAAGAGUACAAAAUUAUCUUAAACUCUCUCGACUCUUGUACGUUAUGUAUCGUGAUCUGUUCCCACGUCAGCAGAAUUUAGCAGAACACUAUUUCGGACCUUUGCCUCCAUUGCUCGACAUACUGAAGAACACUAGUGUUGUAUUUGUCAACCAAGCCGAUGCCAUAACGCCAGCCAGACCGAAGCUUGCGAACAUGGUUACCUUCACGUCUUUCCACGUUGAGGAGACCCCGACUCCUUUGCCAGCGGAUCUACAAUGCUUUGUGGAUAACGCGACCGAAGGAUUCAUCUACUUCAGUUUGGGUAACAUCGCUAAGAGCUCGAGGAUGCCUAAAGAAACGCUACAGAUUUUCAUUGAUGUAUUUUCCACACUGCCCUAUAAAGUUGUGUGGAAGUUCGAGAAGGACAUGCCCAAUAAGCCCGAAAACGUCUUUACAGGAAAAUGGCUUCCUCAGCAAAGCAUUCUUGCGCACCCCAAUGUUAAGCUUUUCAUCUACCAAGGAGGUGUGCAAAGUAGCGAAGAGGCGAUACACUUUUCGGUACCACUAUUAGGAUUUCCGAUAUUAGGAGAUCAAGACACACAAAUCCUCAAGAUGGAGGCCCUCGGUGUUGCAAAAUGCAUGGAGAUCGUAUCUAUCACGAGAGAAGAAUUGGAGGCUGCCAUUCGAGAGGUCAUAAGUAAUAAACAGUACAAAGAAAAGAUGAUCGCACUGAAGGAGCUCGUGAACGAUACCCCAUACAAUACAUCGGAGUACUUAACAUGGUGGGUCGAAUACGUGAUUCGCAAUAAAGGCACCCCCUAUCUCCGUUCAAACUUGGCACAUCAGCCAUGGUAUCAGCGUUGCGACAUGGACAUCGUGGUAUUCCUAACGAUCGUGUCCGUUUUAAUAAUUUCAACUAUAACUAGCAUCAUCGUGAAAGUGGCUCUGCGGUGGUACAAUUAUUAUCAGAGGAUAUCUGCAUCCGGCAAACAAAAAAUUAAAUAG